UGUUUGCUUUGGCAAUAGAAACAAACGUCUUGUAUUUGUCUAUAAAUUCAGAUGGCUUCGCGGGCCAAGUGUUUGUCAUGCCACAGGCUAGUAUCGAUCACCUGUGAACUCUGCGCGUUUACGGUGGUAUCAACAUAACACAAUAAAUUAUUAGUUACGUUAUUAAAUAAAAAAUUGUUGUUAGAAAAAUGAUUGCCAUCCAUAAUCACACCACAGAAGAAGAGGACUACGCAAUAGAUUGGGCCUUACCGUUAGCGUUUGUUAGAAAGCGUCACAUAGAGUCAAUUGAAGGAGGGAGCGAAAUAACUCAAACAUGGAGAAUGAAAGAAAGGAUGAAAACUGUGAGUGUGGCUCUUGUGCUCUGCCUUAAUGUGGGUGUCGAUCCACCGGACGUAGUAAAGACACAACCAUGUGCCCGUCUUGAAUGCUGGAUAGAUCCUCUGUCAAUGAGCCCACAGAAGGCCCUGGAAACUAUUGGGUCAAAUCUUCAGAAACAGUAUGAGCGCUGGCAACCUCGAGCACGGUACAAGCAGAGCCUCGAUCCUACUGCAGAAGAAGUGAAAAAGCUGUGUACCUCACUACGUCGAAAUGCAAAAGAGGAGCGUGUUCUCUUCCAUUACAAUGGACAUGGAGUGCCCAAACCUACCUCAAAUGGAGAAAUCUGGGUUUUCAAUCGGACCUAUACUCAGUACAUUCCUCUGUCAGUUUAUGAUCUUCAGACAUGGAUGGGAGCACCAUCUAUUUACAUCUAUGAUUGCUCAAAUGCAGGAAUCAUAGUUGACUCGUUUAAACAGUUUGCUGAUCAGCAUGAAAAGGAAUACAAGGUUGCUGCACAAAGCCAUGGAACAGUGAACACCCCUCCGUCAUUCAAAAACUGCAUUCAGUUGGCAGCAUGCAGUGCAAAUCAGAUAUUGCCAAUGAAUCCAGAUCUGCCAGCUGAUGUCUUCACAUCUUGCCUCACAACUCCUAUUAAAAUUGCUCUUCGAUGGUUUGUCAUACAAAACUCUUCUAAAUUGGUGUCAAAACUUUCCUUGGAUAUAAUUGACAAAAUUCCAGGCCAGCUGAAUGAUCGCAGAACCAUGCUUGGAGAGUUAAACUGGAUCUUCACAGCUAUUACUGACACAAUUGCGUGGAAUACAUUACCACGAGAUGUGUUUCAAAAACUGUUUCGGCAAGAUCUCCUAGUCGCUAGCUUGUUCAGAAAUUUUUUGCUAGCAGAAAGAAUUAUGCGUUCUUAUGACUGCACUCCUGUAUCAUCUCCAAAGUUACCUCCAACCUAUCAGCAUCCUAUGUGGCAAGCGUGGGAUAUGGCCCUAGACUUGUGCCUUUCACAGUUGCCUGCCAUAAUGGAAAAUGAAGAGCAAUUUGUUCAUUCACCAUUCUUUGAAGAACAAUUGACAGCUUUCGAAGUGUGGCUUGGGCUCGGUUCAGACAGACGAAGUCCACCAGAACAACUUCCAAUUGUACUACAGGUGCUGUUAAGCCAAGUUCAUCGAUUGCGUGCAUUGGAACUUCUGGGUCGUUUUCUAGAUCUUGGACCAUGGGCUGUUAACUUAGCUCUGUCUGUUGGAAUUUUUCCUUAUGUACUGAAACUUCUUCAGAGUUCAGCACGAGAGUUACGUCCACUUUUGGUGUUCAUAUGGGCAAAAAUACUAGCUGUUGAUGGCUCAUGCCAAGCUGAUCUGGUACGAGACAAUGGUCACAAGUAUUUCCUUUCUGUUCUGCAGGACACGUCUAUCCCUGGUGAAGAUCGCACUCUUGCUGCAUUUGUUCUUGCAAGCAUGGUGAAAGACUACCCUCCUGGCCAGGAGGCUGCUCUUCAGGGCAGUCUGGUGUCCAUAUGCCUGGAGCAGCUUGGAGAUGCCAGUGCCUUGCUACGACAGUGGCUUGCAAUCUGUUUGGGACGCCUGUGGCACAAAUAUGAGAAAGCAAGAUGGUGUGGAGUGCGUGACAUUGCUCCUGAAAAACUGAACACACUUCUGCAGGAUCCUGUACCUGAGGUUAGAGCAGCAGCUGUGUAUGCAUUGGGAACUUUCAUCAACUCUGUCACCGAAAGAAGUGAGCAUGCCAACAAUAUCGAUCAUACCAUUGCCAUGACACUACUUAAUACUGUAUCAUAUGAUAUGAGUCCUCUUGUUCGCAAGGAGCUGGUUGUAGCACUGCAAUGGAUUGUCCUCAUCUUUGAAAAUUCCUUCCUCUCAGUAUGUCUACAAGAAGAGAGCAGGCGAGGGGAGAGUACACUGAGUCCACAAACUGCAAAUGUGCCAGAUCUGAGCAUGUCUCCUAUUAUGGGUAUGAGACGUAUAGCUUCACGAGACAGGCUCAAGACUGUCACUCCAGUGACAGUACUUAGCACCGAUGGUGCUGUCUCACCAGCUGCUGUUGCCUCCUCUGACUUCAUACAUACAGAAAGAAUCAAACGGGUUUCAUCCUCAUCCUCUAUAUGUAGUCUUGGUCAUGGCAACCUGAGCAAUUUGCCAACUCUCUCGUUUGGCAGUAUCUAUAUGAAACUAUGGCAUAGUCUUACUGCACUGGACCAUGAUCCUCAUCCUGGUGUUAGCAACCUGUCACACAUGGUUACAUCACACAUAAGAGAUCAGAUAAAAGAUUCAACUGCCACCAAAGAUGUUGGUGAGAUGAGAAUGACACCAUCUCUUUCUCUGCCACCAUCUCCAUCCAGUCGUUCAUCAUUCUUAGCUGGAGAAUCUCCACCUACAUCAACAGCAUCAACUACGUCAACUAUUGAACUUCAUAAAUUUUCUAGUUCAAGAACACAUACACCUCGACCUCGGAGGGUAUUGCAUAACACAAUAUCAGAAGAAGCAGAUGACAACGCAAGGGGUCGCAGGCCUUUAGUAAAAACGCAAUUUGUAGAAUGGAGUUCCAAGUACUUUGCACAGUCUGCAACACAUGGCCAAGAUGAUAAUGACGUAGAAAGCGAUUUACACUAUGAGCGAGAAUGGAGGUAUCAGCGCAAUCACCUGCUACGCAUUGAAGCACGUGAUGAACAACGCAGGAUUUUAAGCAGCAAACUUGAAUCGCAGGUGUUCAAUGCUCGUAAUCCUAAUGCUCCUUCAGUCAUUGCUUUUCAUCCAUAUGAUACACACAUUGCUGUUGCAGGAAAAGACUCAUUUGGAAUUUGGGACUGGGUGACUGGAGUCAAACAAAGCUACUGCUAUAAUCGUGCUUCAAAGCAGUCUCGCAUCACAUCUUUGGAUUUUGUAAAUGGCCAUGAUGUUUCUUUGCUGCUUGUUGGUUCAGAUGAUGGCACUGUACGUUUAUGGGGAAACUACACACUGACCAAGGGCAAGGAGCCAGUUCUGGUGACUGCAUGGCAUGCCCUCUCUGACAUUCAGAAUCCUCGCCAAAAUAGUGGGGCUGGACUGGUGACACACUGGGAACAAAAAUCACAACAAUUAGUUGUGACUGGUGAUGCCCGUGUCAUCAGGCUGUGGGAUGCAGAAAGUGAACUAAAGGUGCAAGACAUUCCUACAGGUGCUGAUUGCUGUAUCACAAGUAUUUCAAGCGAUGAUAUGGAACCAGCACUUAUUGCUGCAGGCUGUGGUGAUGGCUCUGUGCGUUUAUUUGAUCGAAGAAAAAGUUCUCAGGAGGCCAGAAUCAUGACUUGGCGUGAACACGCAACAUGGGUGGUUAAUGUACAACUUCGCAAUCACAACAAAAUCAUCAGUGGAUGUGUUUCAGGUGAUGUAAGAUUCUUUGACAUAAGAAAAAAUUCUGCUGUUGCUGUGCGACAAACGACACAUGGAGUAACAGCAAUGGCAAUUCACAGAGUAGCUGACACGUUUGCCUGUGGCUCCAUGAACCAGUUUAUCAAUGUGUAUGGAAUGGAUGGAAAUGCUCUUAACACAAUCAAAUAUCAUGAAGGCUUUAUGGGUCCACGUAUUGGUGCUGUUAGCUGCCUUGCAUUUCACCCAUAUAGAGUUUGUUUGGCUGCUGGCUGUGUGGACACUUCAAUUAGUGUGUAUUCCAUUGAUCCAAAGAGAUGACUUGCUUCAAAUUUUCAGACUGCACAUGUUUUCUCCUGUACUGUGAUGGUACUAAAUGUGAAACUCCAAAAUAUGUACAAGUAUAAUGGCGCUGUCACGUUCUAUUUGUUUUUAUUCUAGUUCACAGAUUUUCAGGCCAGUUUAUUUGAGAACUGAACACGAGAUCAUACAUGAUAGUCAAAUGUAGAAAAUGAUGCUCCUAAGUAAUUUUACUGUGUACAGUAAAAAGUGUGCAAAUAUUUCUCAGGAAUGAUAAAAAUUAAUGAUGAUUGCUUGUGCAGGUAUUCUAGCAGGAAAACGGGUAUACACAGUAGGUAAUCUUGGAAGUUCCAUUCCGUGAAACCACACAAAAUGUUUUUUUCUAGUUAUACUGAACACAUUUUUGACUGUUAAAGCAUUUCAUUAGUCAGAUGCUUUAUAGAGCAUAAGAAAUGUGUAGUUUUAAUAUAGAACUGUACUUACACAAGCCAUAAACCCCUACUAACCCCCCCCCCCCCCCC